UCCUCCGGUACCUGUAUGCUUGGUUCCAGAAUUCUGACGUUUUUGCCAAGCGCUGGUGUCGCUUUCUUUCUAGAGACCGCGCACACCAAUUGUUGCAUUCCCAACAAUUCCAGCUUCAAAACAAAACGCCUCGACCUCGAAUUUACGAAAAGACACGGAGGAGGAGGUCUUUCGCCAAUAGUUCGCUUCCAAUAGUCUGUCAGUCUGUUGUGCCGUUGGUCUUGUUUGCUCGGAAGCCACCGAAGAGAUAGGUCAAGUUAGCAGCAGCAGCAGCAGCUGAGCUGAGAGCUGACAGUGGUGGGGGGAGGGUACAACUACCACAUUCGCUUGAUGUGGUAGAACUGGUAGCUUUUGUGUAGCUGUCGCCGAUACGAUAUCCGUUUGCAUCAAUACACCUCACACACACACACCUAUCAGCUCACCGUGCGAUCAACCGCGAUGGUGCACCGCGCUGAGCAGCGCACCGCGGCGCUGCCGAAGACGCUGGCGGUCCAGCUGGCGGUGUUUUGCGUGUUGGUCGGGCUGACGGUUCCGCCAGUGCACGGCUGUAACGAGAUGGUUUGCGCUAGCAUCGUCUCGAAGUGCAUGCUGACGCAGAGCUGCAAGUGUGAUAUGAAGAGCUGCACCUGCUGCAAGGAGUGCGCCGAGUGUCUGAGCUACCUGUACACCGAGUGCUGCAGCUGCCUGGAGAUGUGCCCGAAACCGAACGAAACCUCGAACGAGCUGUCGAAGCAGUCGCACAUCGAGGAUCUGGAGGGUUUCCCGAGCCUGUACGAUGUGAUCACGUCCGAGCAGGACGUGCAGGGCCGCUGGAAGGUGAUCUCCUUCCCGAUCGACAUCGAUGCGGCACUGUACGGGCCUAAGGGCGACACCAAGUACCUCGUCCACUCCACCGAUAUGGACCUGAAGGCGAAGUAUGCCGAUCCGAACAAGAUCACGGUGAACUGCACCGUUGCCUACCAGGCGCAGUGCAUGUCGUGGAACAAGUGCAAGGAAAGCUGCCGAACGAUGGGAGCCAGCAGCUACAGAUGGUUCCACGAUGGUUGCUGCGAGUGCGUUGGCCAUUACUGCAUCAAUUAUGGCGUUAACGAGUCGCGGUGCCGCGACUGCCCGGAGAGCAAGGAGCAUGAAUUGGAGGACUUCUUCAACGAGGACGAGCUCGAUUACGGCGAUAGCGUUGGACCGAUGGACAACUCGGCCGUCGAGUCGACCAACAUAUGAAUAGUGGCGCCACUGCUUGUAAUCCAUGUAUUCCGACUGGAAUGAGAGAGAGAGAGAGCGAGAGAGCGAGAGAGAGGCCGUGCAGUCGUGCCUGCGUACGAUCUGGCGUAGAACGACGGGCAACUUCCGGUUGGCUUUCGGGCGGAUUUUUUUUUGUUUUGUUUUAGAUAUUUACAUCAGCAGAUACAACAUAAGGUUAGCAUACGGACAAUUUGCUUGAGGCUGCAGAACGCGUACUGCGUGGGCUGUACAGUGGACGUGCGUCUGUGCGAAAGUGAUCGCUACACGGGGGGGACAGGGGUGGUGUAAGCGAUCUUUUGCUGCAUACCGAUGCAGAUGCAGCCCAGCGGAAGUCGUAUGUUGGACACACAAAACUGAUUUCGGUCAGUCAGUUGUUUUAUGUACAGAAUUCGAUUGCCAAACAUUGGUGCGCCAUUUGAUUAGACCGUUCUUUGGUGAUAACGAUAAAUAGAAUUAAGGAGCGUCAGGACAGGGAGGCAGGGAUAGCAAUGGCACGAAUCUUUUCUGUUUUUCUUUUCUUCUGGUACCUUUUAAGCCGAAGGAUCCGUUGUUCUUCUUCUUCUUCUUCCACAAAAUACUAAAUACUAACUAACCUGGCAGCUGUAGAACUAUAUAUAGACAUAUAUUUCGGAGCUUAGUGUUGGCACCAUAGUAUAUCCAUUGUUUCUUUGAUAACUUUUCGGAAACUGUUCGUCAUUUGCUGCGACUGUGAGAGAGCUUAGGAUCAAAAAUCAAUUUCCCAUGUGCGCAGGAGAAGGAAAAUACACCGCGAACCGGAAUAGACUUAAUCAACGUUAGCGUUAAGCUGUACUAAGGUAUUGUCGAGCAGUAUAUAUAUAUGACUUUAUAUGCGGCACUGAGUAAUGAGCGGGCCAGUGCCAUACCAGGACCCGUUGUCUGGUUUAAAAACAAUGUAAGCGUCAAUGUAGGAAGCAGCUCUUCUGGAAGUAUACUACCCAUGUGCAUGUGUCUAACCCAUUUACUGGAAACGUACUUACCAUCUGCUGUGUGUGUGUG